AUGGGUUCCAAGAGAAAGAAGGCUCAAAAGGCUAAGGAUUUUGUCAAGCCAAAGUUGAAGGUAGGCAAGUUGAAGCCCAAACCAACAAAUUACACUGAUACUUCCUUUUCCACAAGAUCCAUUCGAUUGCCAUCGCAGUCUGCGUUGGUGGAAAAGUCCUUUGAGGUCGAGCUUGUCAGGAACAUCAGCUUGACACAUCAUUUUUCUGCCCAGAAGCGAAAGGACUCGUUGGUGUUUAUCCAGAACAACUUUCCCCGGUUGGUCAAGUUCUCUAUAAACCAGAAAUAUAUUCAGCAGAUCAUAGCAUCAGUUUCUAAGUUGAUUAUUGAUAAUGACUCUUUGGUUAGAAAAGAAGCCUUUUGUUUGUUUGAAGUUAUAUCUGCGGUCUACCUCCAGCUAAAUUGUAACACGAUAGUGUUAUAUAUAUUGACUGCCAUGACCCACAUUGACUUGCAAAUCAGAAAUGAUUCAACCAAAAUUUUGAAUCUUUUAAUUUCAAAACAAAAAAAUUGCUUGGACAGCAUUGCUAAAAAUAACUGGUUGAAAUUGUUAAAGUCCUUCUUCAUAUUAUUGAACUGGCCUCUU